GAUUUUUAUUGGGGAAAAAAAAUGGUCAAGCUCAAAAGUGAAAUAUAGAACUUACCAAGUUUCCAAAUUCAAAAGCUGUGCCUGUUUUGGCCAAACAGUCCCUCGCAAUCUCAAAUUUCCGCAGUUGGCCUCCCAUGCAAACACCUCCGCCGCGUCGCCGUGAUUAUCCAGUGUCCCGCCACCAGCAACGCCGCCGCAAAAAACCUAUGAAUCAAUAUUAAAAAAAAUCCUCUUUGCAGAAAGAGGAAAGUGUAAUCGAUUAGAUUCGUAUGGGAAAUCCGAAGCAGAAGUGGACGUCGGAGGAGGAGGAGGCGCUCCGCGCCGGAGUGGCCAAGCACGGCGCCGGAAAGUGGAAGAACAUACAGAAAGAUCCCGAAUUCAACCACCUACUGUUUGCUCGCUCCAACAUUGAUCUCAAAGAUAAAUGGCGAAACUUGAGUGUGGCAAGUGGUCUACUUCAGAAAGAUAAAUUAAAGGGACUGAAACCAAAGGCAAAUCAUGCUGAUGUUCCUGCUACUCCACUGCCAGUUGUUCAGACCUCUGCUACCCUCACUCCAUCUUCACAAGAUGCUCCAGUCGAUGUGGUUAUGUCAGAUUCUUCUAGGCCUGCAGUUGAGGGAAAUAAUGCUGCCAAGUACAAUGAGAUGAUAUAUGAGGCGUUGCCUACGCCUAGGGAGCCAAAUGGAUCAGAUUGUAGCACAAUUGCUACCUAUAUUGAGCAAAGGAUGCAUGUGCCCUUAAAUUUCAGAAGGUUGUUGAGCUCUAGAUUAAGGCGACUUGUGCAACAAGACAAACUUGAAAAGGUUCAAAACUGUUACAAGAUUAAAACAGAUGCUCUGUCAUCAGACACGAAGAAUCUCUCUGGGAGACCCAAUGAUUGGAGGCCCACGCUCGUUCAAAGCUUCAGCCAUCCGGGAGAAACUGUUGAGGAAGCUUCAGUUUGUGCUGCUUACAGAGUUGCAGAAGCCGAAAACAAAUCGUUUGUGGCUGCUGAAGCCGUUAAGGAGGUCGAGAGGGUUUCGAACAUAGCCGAAGAAAUGGAAUCCCUACUCCAGUUCGCCUCCUAUUGUUUUGAUCAAAGUGCUCAAGGUGAAAUUGUUAUAAAGGCUUAGGAAUCGCGUUGUGCCACUGCUAUUGUGAAACACACUGAUGUCUUGCUCUUUGGAAAUAUGUGAAUAAAUCUGUGGUUGAUUUAUUUUGGACAAAUUACAUGUGUAAAUGUUAUUGCCUUAGUUUAUUAUUUUUUAGAAAACCAGAAAGAUAUUGGCGCUGUAAGAGUAGAUUUGGUAGUUCUGGCU